AUGGGCUCUCCCUUCGAUAUCAAUGGCGGAGCUUGCGUCGCCAUGGUGGGCAAGGAUUGUGUUGCAAUCGCCUGCGAUCUUCGCCUGGGCAUGCAGGCGCUGACCGUCUCGAACAACUUCCCCAAGAUCUUCAACUACGGUCCUUCUACUUUUCUCGGCUUGACCGGGCUGGCCACCGACGUCAACACCGUUUCAGAUCUCUUCCGCUUCAAAGUCAACAUGUACCGACUCCGCGAGGAACGAAACAUUGCGCCGCAGACUCUGGCCAACCUGGUCAGUUCGUCGCUGUACGAAAGACGCUUUGGACCUUUCUUCGUCAGUCCCGUCAUCGCUGGUGUGAACAGCACGACGGGCAAGCCUUUUAUCUGUGGAUUUGACAGUAUCGGCUGCAUCGACUUCGCCAAGGAUUUCAUUGUCAGCGGGACGGCCAGCGAUCAGCUUUUCGGUACCUGCGAGGGUUUGUGGGAGCCAGAUCUGUCUCCAGAAGACCUCUUCGAGACCAUCUCUCAGGCACUCCUCAGUGCAGUCGACAGAGAUGCCCUUUCCGGCUGGGGUGCCCAAGUAUACAUCAUAGAGAAGGAUAAGGUGACGAAGCGGCUACUCAAGGGAAGACAAGAUUAG